AUGGGCACAGGCAACCAGACGUGGGUGAGAGAGUUUAUUCUCCUUGGCCUGUCGAGUAACUGGAACACUCAGGUUUCCCUCUUUGUCCUGUUCUUGAUCACGUACCUGGUGACAGUGCUUGGCAACUUCCUCAUUGUCCUUCUGAUCAGACUGGACAGCCGUCUCCACACCCCCAUGUAUUUCUUUCUCACCAACCUCUCCCUCGUUGACGUCUCUUAUGCCACGAGCAUCGUUCCUCAGAUGUUGGUGCAUUUUCUUGCAGAACAUAAAGUCAUCCCACACGUGAGCUGCGCAGCACAGUUGUUCUUCUCCCUGGGCUUGGGUGGGAUUGAAUUUGUUCUCCUGGCAAUGAUGGCCUAUGACCGCUAUGUGGCCGUGUGUAACCCGCUGCGGUACUCGGUCAUCAUGCAUGCAGGGCUCUGUAAGAAACUGGCUGUCAUAUCCUGGGUCAGUGGCUCUGUCAACUCUCUCAUGCAGACAGCCAUCACCUUUCAGCUGCCCAUGUGCACAAACAAGUUCAUUGAUCACAUAUCCUGUGAACUCCUUGCCGUGGUCAGGCUGGCUUGUGUGGACACCUCCUCCAACGAGGUCACAAUCAUGGUGUCCAGCAUUGUCCUGCUGAUGACCCCUUUCUGCCUGGUUCUCUUAUCCUACAUCAAGAUCAUCUCCGCCAUCCUAAAGAUCCGGUCCACAGAGGGGAGGAAGAAGGCCUUCCAGACCUGUGCCUCGCACCUGACCGUGGUCGCCCUGUGCUAUGGGAUGGCCAUCUGCACUUACAUCCAGCCCAGGUCCAGCCCUUCCGUCCUUCAGGAGAAGCUGAUCUCUCUCUUCUAUGCUAUCUUGACCCCCAUGCUGAACCCCAUGAUUUACAGCCUGAGGAAUAAGGAGGUAAAGGGGGCCUGGCAGAAACUCCUAGGCCAAUUAUCUGGAUUAAGGUCCAAGCUGGCAAGUUGA